AUGUCCGAAGCCCCGCCCACCAUUCUCCUCUCAUACGGGUACAGAGCGUCGACAUGCGGUUACUGUAGUCCCCCAGGAGUAAGAUCACAAACAGAGACGUCUGUUACUGUGGGCGCGCCAGCGUUACAGCUCUCUUGCGAGAUGUAUCAGAAGAUGGUGGAUAGGGGAUGGAGGCGAUCUGGGACGUAUAAUUAUCAACCGAGGAUGAUAGAGACUUGCUGUCCACAGUACCCGAUUCGAUUGGAUGCGCACAAGUUUGAACCGACGCGAAAUCAGCGAAAGGCGCUGUACAGGUUUAAUCGCUUUGUGGUAUCUGGGGACUCUACGGAAGACUCAAACACGAUGGACACCACUGUUGCACCCAUUGUAUCUGAUGCUGAGAAGAAGGGGAAGAACGGAGCAUCCUCUGUCAAGUCCAAACCACGAAAGCAAGUGUUCUCACUUGUAGAGGCGAUCCAUGCAUCAGAAGCGAGCUCUAUAUCUCCUUCAUCUCCACCUCCAUUACACAAGUUUGAAGUUACAAUAGAGCCUGCUUCGUAUACCGAAGAAAAAUUUGAACUUUACAAAGAUUAUCAACACCACGUACACAAAGAAGAGGAGAAGAAGCCGUCUUCGUUUGACCGUUUCCUAUGUGAUACUUGCCUUGUGCCGCAGAACAUUCCUUAUACCAACACUCCAGGUCCGGGCUUACCAACUCAAUAUGGAACACACCACCAGCUAUAUCGGGUCGACGGCGAGCUUGUCGCAAUGAGCGUCCUCGACAUCCUACCCAACUGUGUCUCUGGCGUCUAUUUCAUGUACUCGAGCAAAUGGGAACAUUGUCAGCUCGGGAAAUUGAGCGUUUUGCGUGAAGCAGCACUGGCGAGGGAGAUACAUGCUGCCGGAUUGGAUUCAAUGAAGUGGGUGUACUUGGGGUUCUACAUUCACUCGUGCCAAAAGAUGAGGUACAAAGGUGAUUAUGCCCCAUCGUAUUUAUUGGAUCCGGAAUCGUAUGAGUGGUAUCCACUCGAAACAUGCAAGCCCCUGCUCGACAAGCAUCGUUAUGUUUGCUUCUCGAACCCCUCCCACUCUUGCGACGAAACCAAGAAGCCAGCACUCAUCAAGCGGAAACAGAGUGAACUGGCAGAUGUCAUGUACUGUCAAGUACGGAACCGGACUCUGGUUGCCAUACCCAUGUCACAGAUUUCCGCCGAGGUAUGGAAACGAUAUAGCGACGAUCUCUUGUAUACUCUGGAUGCCCUUGGACCGCACAUUUCGCGCGAAGUCUUUUUCAAAUUCUAG